GAGUUCAAGGAGAAUAAGGAAGAAUGGGAGCGUUUUGGGGAAUAUGUCGCAGGCGCCGUGGCAGCCAUCGAUUCAUAUAAUGCGUCCGGCGAAGAGGCGACGCCGUGGGUGGAGAAUGUCACAAAACUGAACCAGGUAUUGCAGCGCAUUCAAACGGAAGUUGGUCAGCUGCGUGGAAAGAUGGAAAGGAGGUCCAGCGUCCGUAACUUCUUCUCUCAUCUGAAAAGCCCAAGCAAGAUAGGUGAUUUAGAGAAAGAUUUUAACGAGGUUUUGGCAUUGUUCCAGGAAAUUAUGCUCAAUCCUUGCGCUUAUGUUGCCAUUUUAAUCUUAUUAUCGUAACCAUGCAGCUGGGGACAGACCUGAUAUUUGGCACAAUAGCGGGUAAUCAAGAUCGGUCCAUUCGUGGAGUAGACAAUUCCUCGGUUCUGGACGAACUCAAAUAUCCUAUCGUUGCCCAUCACGAUUCCACCGAGGCGUGCCUGGAAGGCACCAGGACUGGUUUGAUCGAACGCAUUAUGACCUGGUGUCGUAACGCAGAAGACAGCGAGAAACGUAUGUUGCUACUAACGGCCGUGGCCGGUGCGGGCAAAACAUCUGUUGCACACUCGAUCGUGGAGGAGUGUGCGAGAGAAGGGAUAUUGUUAUUGAGCUUCUUUUUCAAGGUGGGAGAGCAGUCGCAGCCGGACCAUUUGUUCAGCGGCGUGGCUCGAUCACUGGCGACGCACGACCCAGCAUAUCGAUCUUACAUCGUGUCCGUCAUCCAGAAAGAUCCAACCCUCACAACGGCUCCAUUCACAACGCAAUUCAAGAAGUUACUGGCCGAGCCCCUCUGUCUGAAGGCAUCGCUUCCCAACCGUCCUGUGGUGAUCGUCAUUGAUGCUCUAGACGAAUGCGAGAAACAAAUGGUCGGACACCUUGCCGACAUACUUUGGGAACAGGUGCCCAAAUUACCCUCCAACAUCAAAUUCUUCGUGACUUCGAGGCGAUUUGACCUUGUUGAUCGUUAUCUCUCACGUUUUUUCUCUGUUGAUCGCCUCAGCAUUAAUCUUUCGGAUGAUGCUAACAGGCGGGACUGCAAGAUCUACAUCCGUGCGCAGCUGCGCAAACUGAAGAAUGAGCGCCCUCGUAUGAAAGCUGCACUCAAGGACGAGAAUAAAUUGGCCCGAGAUCUGUUGGAACGAGCCGGGGGGUUGUUCAUUUGGAUUAGUGCCGUGUUCCGCUACUUGAGGGUGGCCAGUGGUGCUUCUAUGAAGUUGUUGGAGGAAUUGCUUGAUGCCGGUAAGUGUAAUUGGGGGGAUGCCGGUUUUGUGCAUGAUUACCCAAUUGUGAUGGGAGCGAUCUUAAUCGCACAGCAGCCACUAUCCAUUGCGGCGUGGGACGCUGUUCUUUCGCCACUGCUGGAAUCGAACAUCCAACAUACAUUGGCUGAACUUGCGCCCCUCGUCUUGGGUGUUGAGCAUCCCGACACGCCGAUUCGUAUUUUGCAUCAAUCCCUUUGGGAGUUUCUCGUGAACCGGACCAAUAUGCAACCACCUACACUCCGUCAUCUCGUGCCAGAUGCGAGGAAGGAAAACACCAGAUUAACCCUGCGCUGCAUCGAAAUCUUGAAUACGAGUCUUUCUUCUAUGAAGAACUUGGAGCUGGUCGAGGGUUUGGCGGCAAAAGCUAAGCUACCGCCCAUUCCUCAAGAGACGCUGUCAGAACAGUUCCGUUAUGCAUGUCGGCAUAUCACGUAUCACCUCAACCAAGUCCAGGAGCCACCGAAGAUGCUUGAUAGGCUGGUUUACUCAUUUCUCAAUCAGCAAUUAAUUCACUGGGUGGAGGUCUGUGUGAGAACGGAAGGAUACAGUAGUAUAUCAUCGUUCCCUCGGUGGGCCAAGUUGAGCGUUGAUCAAACUUCAAACGAAGUUAUUCAUGCGUUGGUCAAGGUGCUUCGCGAUGUACACAAAAAUCUCGCAUUUUUCUUAAGAUUGCAGGAGGCAUAUGAGAUGGCAAAUGACUCCGUUGCGCUCUGCCGUUGCCUUGUGUCUGUGGACUCUGAGUCCUAUACCGUGGAUUUGGCUUGGUCACUUGGGACUCUAGGCACUUCACUCAUCAACCUUGGUCGGCAUUCCGAAGCGCUUCCGGUGAUCACAGAAAGUGUCGAAUUCUGGCGCGAGUUGGUUGCCGUGCAUAAAACAUACACGGUGGAGUUGGCUCGGGCGCUUCAGAAUCUCGGGGUGCUGCUUGGCGGUCUUGGGCAACCUUCCAAGGCACUCCCAGUGAUCGAGGAAAACUUGGCUCGAGCGCUCCAAAAUCUUAAAAUAUCGUUUGACAAGCUCGGGCGGCAUUCCGAGGCGCUGCCAGUGAUCGAUGAAAGUGUCACACUCUGGCGCAAGCUAGUUGCCGUCAAUCCGACCUUAUACACCCCGGACUUGGCUCGGUCACUCGGGAAUUUAGACACAUCACUCACCAAUCUUGGACGCCAUUCUGAGGUGCUCCCGGUAAUGAAAGAAAGUGUGAAGCUCUGGCGCGAGCUUGUUGCCGUCCAUCCGUCAUCAUACACCCCAGAUUUGGCUCAAGCGCUGUUCAAUCUCAACUGGACACUUGACGAAUUCGGACGAUACUCCGAGGCGCUUCCGGUGAUCGAAGAAAGCGUCAAACUAUGGCGGAGGCUGGUUGCUGUCCAUCCGACCUUGUAUACCCCUGGUUUGGCUCGAGCGCUUCGCAAUCUUCACUGGUCGCUUCGCAGAAUCGAGCAGUAUUCCGAGGCGCUUCCCGUGAUCGAAGAGAGUGUCAAUCUUUGGCGCGAGCUAGUCGUCAUCCAUCCGACAUUAUACACCUCUAAUUUGACGGGAGCGCUCCACAAUCUUGAAGUAUUACUAGAAAAACUUGAAUGGCAUUCUGAGGUGCUCCUUAUAAAUGAGGAAAGGCUCAAACUCUUGCGCCGGUAGCUUUUAUUCAUCUGAUAUCGUCCAUCUCAUGUCCAGCCCCAUGUUUCAGUAGCUCAUUACAAAAACCCUCCGCAUUGUGCCAAGACCCUGUGUUUCAUUGAGAAACCCGCUCCUAUUUGCCAUUCGCUGUGUAUUGCUCAUCCAACAUCGGACGCAUCUGAUAAUUGAGCGUUGGCAUUGAAAGCUCU